GCAUCGCAUAUGAUCAUUUCUUUGGUUGAAAACUAUCCGGAAUAUCUAGUAAUAAAUCUAGACAAGCUCGAUUACUGCGCUAGCUUGAAAAACCUUGAUUCGGUUUCAGAUCAUCCGAACUACAAGUUCUUACAGGGAGACAUCUGCGAUGUGCAUUUUGUAAAACAUCUCUUUGAAGUAGAACACAUAGAUGUGGUCUUCCACUUUGCCGCACAGACCCAUGUAGAUUUGUCUUUUUCAGAAUCCCUUAAAUUUGCCUAUGUUAAUACAUAUGGUACACACAUUCUACUUGGUGCGGCUUAUGAAGCUGGGGUUGGAAAGUUUGUCUACAUAAGUACGGAUGAAGUCUAUGGUGGUAGUCUUGUUGAGGAAUUUGAUGAAACUUCACCAAAACGGCCAACAAAUCCGUACGCAUCGUCCAAAGCAGCUGCAGAAAGCUUUGUGCUGUCUUUCUGGGAAAGAUACAAGUUUCCAGUUGUUAUCACCCGAAGUAGCAAUGUCUAUGGACCACACCAGUACCCAGAAAAAGUCAUACCCAAGUUUAUUUCUCUGCUGCAACGUAACAGAAAAUGCUGCAUCCAUGGAAGUGGAAGACAGACCAGGAGUUUCCUAUAUGCCUCUGAUGUUGUAGAAGCAUUGCUGACAAUCUUAAAGCUUGGGAAGGCUGGAGAAAUUUACAACAUUGGUUCAAGUUUUGAAAUAUCUGUGUCCCAGCUUGCUAAAGAAUUAAUCCAAAUGAUUCAACAUACAUCUUCAGACACCGAAACAGAGUACUGGAUGGAUUAUGUGAAUGACAGGCCUAUCAAUGACCUUCGAUAUGCAAUGAAGUCAGAAAAAAUGCACAGUUUAGGGUGGAGGCCUAAAGUACAUUGGAAAGAAGGCAUUGAACAAACAGUUGCAUGGUACAAAGAUAAUUUCCACAACUGGAAGAAUGCUGAGCAUGCAUUGGAACCAUUCUGUUGAUGUACAAAGUAUAGAUCUUAUGGAGAGAACAGAGGGUUGUGGAAACAAAAACACUUAGUGAUAUAA